AUGUACAAUACGUUUUGGAGGAGAAAUUUAGAGAUUUCGGUCGAGAAAUUUGUUCGUGAUCAUCUGAAAAUCAACACCGACGACGACGGUGCAGUCAAAUCAGAUCGCAAAAAUUCUGGAAAAAAUUUGAAGGUCAACAAAAGCGAGAAUUUGACAAAAACCAGCAGAAGAAAAACAUUCAACAUUAACAGCAGCAACAAUGUUGCUACUGAAAUCAACAAAAACAAUAUUUUCAACAGCAACAAUGUUGCUACUAAAAACAACAAAAACAAUGUUUUAAACAGCAACACCAACAAAACGGUGCCUAGCGCCACUAACUUCAACAGCAGUCAAUCAAAGUCCAAGCCACAACAUUCGAAUAAAAUGAUUCAGACAAAUUUCUUGCUCAACGUCAUGAAAGAAGUCCCCAGAAAACCCGUUAGUUCUUCCCUCCUUAAAGAAAUCUGCCCUAAAGCAAAGCUCCCCUUCGAACCUCAGUCCCCAUUGCCACAACAGCCAAAAAGACAGACAGAAUUUUGUGAUUUGACUCAAAAAGAGCAAAGAACGCAGGAGCGAGAAAAUUAUUUAGCGGAAAAGGAGCGCAUAAAAUGGGAAAUAAAAGCGAAAAAUAAAUUCCUAUCGAAAUGUUUAAAAGAGAACAUGAUUAAAAUGAUGCCUGGAAAGUUAGAAGAACUGCUGGUUGACAUUAUGAGGCUGGUUCUUGCGGGAAGGCCUACUGUUAAAAAAAUAUACUGCUUCAUUUCGGCCUAUUUGGAUUAUAGGCUGGAUAGGUUAGGAGGACAUUGGCAACUUUUUUUUAUUAACGCAGUAACUGGAUUGAACUACAAUAAAGAUGCGGACGCCGUAAGUGAUGCAGUUUCCACUGAGGUUGACAUAUCCCAAGCCGACCCACAGCCAGUUGGGGUCGACCACCCCGGAUAUAAAGGCCCCAACAAGCCACCUUGGUACAAACCCCCCCAAAUUUCAAAAGAGGCCCUGGACAAAAAUUGGACUUCAGGACAGGCAUCGAUGAAAGAACCCUCAAAAGUUCGAUUUUCGGAAAUCGUUCGCGCUAUCAUAAAGACAAACGAAAUGAACAAUAGGAAUAAUAGCAGGGAAGCUGCAAGUGAUGGAAAGAAAGGGAGAAUGAAAGAGUGUCGCUUGCUUAAGGUAGACAAAGACGGGCUGAUUAUCAAAGAAACUAAAUGUAAUAAAAACAUCAAAAAACACCCAACGAAAACGGCAACUACUACUACUGCUGCUAUCACUACUACUACUGCUGCUGCUACUACUACUACCGCUACUACUACUACUGUUGCUGCUACUACUACUGCUUCUUCUGUUAGCAGUCCUAGAGUUAUUAAAGUUGAUAACGAUGAUAAAAAUGUUGCUAACGGUGACGAUAAAGUAAAUAAGGAACAUGAAGAAAAAGAUGAAGAGAAUGGUGAUGAGGAAAACGAAGAUGAUGACGUAAUCAAGCAAAUUUGUGCCAAGGUUGAUGAGGCCAAUGAAGAGAGAGACGACGUCAUCGAAAAACAAAAACAAGAAGAGUGCAGAAAAGUGAAGCGAUUUUAUUUAACGCGAGAUGAGGUCAUCAAAAAUAUGACCUCAAGGGUCAACAAUGCUUUUGCCAUCAGGACCAACUACAUCCGGUGUGAAGUUUUUCCGGAAAAGAAGACGAAGAAUCAAAUAAAUCAAGUUAACGCGCCAAAAAAAGUAAAAAAUAAACUUGAGAAUAAGGAGGAGGAUUCGGUGAAAGUGAAAUACAGUGUAGAGGAUCAUGAAAUACCAGAACAAGAUACAACGCAACAACAAAACACCACACAAGAAUACGAUCAACAACAACUUGAAAAACAAAAUUAUUCUGACACACAACAACAACUUCAGCAGCAGCAACAACAACAACCACAGCAACAACAACCACAAAAAAAUCAAAACAAGCAGAAGAAAAAAUGCCAACAAAAAAGAAAAUCGUACAAUGUUGAAAAUUUAAAAUGGCACCUAAAAGAAAUGACGUCACAGCUACUUGCCAUGGUGGCCGUGCACAGACCUGAUGACGUCAAACUUUUUCUAGCCAAUCAGCUUGAAGGACAGUUUGUUGCGAGGUGUAAUCAGAAAGGGGCGUACUGCGAGCUUGUACAAGAAUAUGAAAGAGAGAGGAAAGCUUUAAAGAAGCAAAUCCGGUUACUCAAAGAGCAAUUGAAAAAAAAUGUGACGAACCAAGACAAAUAAAAUGAUGAUGGUGAUAUUUAUGAGGACGAUAAUGUGAUGAUGAUGAUGACGACUAUGUGAUGAUAAUGUGAUGAUGAACAUGUGAUAAAAAUGAUGACAAUAAUAAUAAUAAUAAUGAUGAGGAUGACUACGAUGAUGAUGACGAUGAUGGCAAAUUGUAAAAUGGCAAUAACACAAAUCUUAACCACAAAGAUAGUUUUCUUGUCAUAAUAUUUUCAUGUAUUCAGUUCAUGUACCUACACAGGUAUAAAAACAUACACAUACACACACACAUAAGCGUACACACAGACACACACACAUAUAAACGAACACACACACACACAUACAUGAACGUACAAACACACACACAUUCUUUGUUUCCAUCAGCCAGCCAAUCACCAUCGAGAUAGUUUUGUUUUCAUCUAGGUUUAAAAAACAAACAAAUGAAGCUUUU